UACCUAUCAAAAAACGCAUCCUUAGGUACAGUGAAUUUUCACUGUAUUUAUAAUUAACGUAUAAAAAUGUUCGAAUUUUUAUUUUAAAAAUUAUUUUAAAAUGAAAGAAGCUGAAAAUAGUGUUUCAUUUAUCGACCACAAACAAGAUAUUUUCAAAAAUAAAUCCUUACGAAAAGAAAGCAAUAAAAAUAAAAAAAUUAAAAGAAAAACUGAUUUUAAUGCUAAAGUGUUUGGUUUAUCAAUAUUUAAGCAGCAGUUAUUAAAUGAAAAUAAAAUUUCUAGUAACGAUAUUAAUGUCUUAAAUAACACUGUUUUUACUAAUAAACAUGAUAAAGAAUUCGGUAAUACGGAACUUAGUUCAUGCUCUCAAAAGCUGAAGAGUCCCAAAUGCUUUUUUGAUUGUACAACUGAAAGAAAUAUGAGUUAUUCAACCAAUGUUAACUGUGUUAUUGUUCCAAAUGAAUCAUGUAAUUUAAAGUCUGUGCCAGUUGUUAAAAAAGACGUUACCAGUGUUUCAAACAGAUUGCAAAAUUUAAAAAGUAAAAAAAAGAAAAAAGACAUCAAAAUAAAACAUUCAUCUCACAAAGUAAGCUUAUCAGGUAAGCAUAUAAAAGAAAUAAUAAAAAAUAUGAAAACAGAAACAUUGAAAAGCAUUAAUAGUGACAAAAAGUCUUUGGAGGAGUUAACAACUCAUGAUACUGCAGUAUUAAAAAAAUGUAUUGAUAAAGUAAAAAAUAAAGCUAAAAAGAAAAAAUCUUUUUUUACUAAAAAAUCAAAUGCUUCAAAAUAUAAAUCUAUUCUUAGUAUUCAAAAGUAUUGGGCGCAAAGGUAUCGACUAUUCAGUAGAUUUGAUGAAGGUGUUAAAUUAGAUCAUGAAGGAUGGUUUUCAGUUACUCCAGAAAAAAUCGCUGAACAUAUUGCUGAUAGGUCUAAAUGUGAUAUAGUUGUAGAUGCUUUCUGUGGAAUUGGUGGUAAUACAAUUCAAUUUGCAUUAAAAAGUAAUCAUGUAAUUGCUAUUGAUAUUGAUCCGGUAAGGUUAGAAUGUGCAAGACAAAAUGCUGCUAUUUAUGGUGUUGAAAAUCGAAUUUCUUUUAUUCUAGGUGAUUUCUUUGUGUUAGCUCCUUCACUUAAAGCAGAUGUAGUGUUUCUUAGUCCCCCCUGGGGUGGUCCUGAAUACAUUAAAGUAAAAUUUUUUGAUAUAGAAACAAUGAUUAAACCAGUUAGUGGUCGUGUUUUAUACAAUGUAGCUUCCAAAAUAACUCCUAAUAUAAUAUUUUUCUUACCAAGGAAUGCAGAUUUGCGUCAAGUAUCAUCUCUUGUUGCACCUGGAAACCAAGUUGAAAUUGAAAAAAACUUGCUAAACUCUAAUGUAAAAACUAUAACUGCUUAUUUUGGAAAUCUUAUAAAGAAUAAAAACUCUCAAUAAAAGAUUUUUGAAUUA